AUGCAGACUAUUAAGGUUGUAGUGGUGGGAGACGGUGCUGUAGGCAAGACUUGUCUGUUGAUUUCAUACACCACGAACAAAUUUCCAAGCGACUAUGUCCCGACUGUCUUCGAUAACUACGCAGUGACCGUAAUGAUUGGUGAAGAUCCUUACACGCUAGGUCUUUUCGAUACCGCCGGGCAAGAGGAUUAUGACCGUCUCCGGCCACUGUCAUACCCGCAAACCGAUGUCUUCCUUGUUUGCUUUAGUGUAACGUCGCCUCCAUCCUUCGAGAACGUGAGGGAGAAAUGGAUCCCAGAGGUGCACCAUCACUGUCCGGGUGUCCCAUGCCUUAUCGUUGGGACACAAAUCGAUUUGCGGGACGACGCUCAGGUGAUCGAGAAGCUUUCCAGGCAGAAGCAACGACCGGUGCCAACCGAGCACGGCGAGAGGCUUUCAAGAGAGCUCGGCGCUGUCAAGUAUGUGGAGUGUUCAGCCCUGACGCAGAAAGGGUUGAAGAACGUUUUCGAUGAGGCUAUUGUCGCUGCGCUGGAGCCACCCGUGGUUAAGAAGACACAUAAAUGCGUCGUCGUUUAA